AAAUUAUCAUUCAACUAAGUUAAAGGAUCUUGAAUUUUUUUUUUCUUUUCCUAUUGAAAACAUAUAUAUAUAAAAAUGCCAGUUGAUCCAGAAAAGUUGGCCAAGUUGCAAAAGGCUUCUUCCAAGAAGGUUGGUGGCUCCAGAGUCAAGGCCAAGAAGAACGUUAAGUCCGAACAAGAUGACACCAAGUUACUUGCUGCUUUGCAAAAGGUUGGUGCUCAAAAGAUCGAAGCCAUCGAAGAAGCUAACUUCUUCAGAGAAGACGGUAAGGUCUUGCACUUCAACAGAGUUGGUGUUCAAGGUGCUGCUCAAAGCAACACUUUUGCCUUCACUGGUUACCCACAAGAAAAGGAUGUCACUCAAUUGAUUCCUCAAAUCUUGCCACAAUUAGGUGCUGAAAACUUGGAAAUCUUGAGACAAUUGGCUGAACAAAUCCAAGCCGGUAAGUCUCCAUUGGACGCUGCCAUUGGUGGUGCCUCUGCUGGUGGUGACGAAGACGUCCCAGACUUGAUUGAAGGUGAAAAGUUUGAUGAAGAAGUUGAGUAAAUUUAACAUUCUUUACUAAAUGAUCUACUUUUUAUAAAUGGUAAAAAAAAGUCAACAUGAAACUUUUGAAACAGUAUCAUUAAUUUCAAGUCCAAACUGUUUCUCUUAUUGAUAUCUCUAGUACGUUAAAUAGAGAUGAUAAAUAGUUUGUGCAUAGUUAUAUCUCAUAUUUGGAAACUGUAGAAUUGGAAUUGAACACGUAAA